GAAAGUGGUUAUAUUAUACAUUGCCUGUUCAGUGCCUGCGAGUGAUUUAGCGGAAGCGGAGGUGCCUACCCAGUGUUUUCACGCUACACCGUGCCCAAAUUAACCGGGAGAUUAUUGAAACGUUUGCUGCGAGGCACCUCGUUUUGAUGAAGGACGUGUGGUAAGGCAAUACCACAUUGAAACUUAAAUUCGCAAUGGUAAACCAAUCGAGGAGAGGCUACACAAGCUAAACGCAUAUUUUUGGAGCGCAAUUAUUAGUCUACUAUGCAGUCACAGCCAACCUGAUGACAUGCGUUUUGCGAAUGGUGCGAUCUGUUAUUGCUCAACAUUUGUAUGUCACAUUGGCUGUUUUUAAUGCUUAACCCAGUGAAACGGGAUAUAUGCGACGUAGGCUAUAUGCGGCCAUUCAACCUGAAGAACACCCAUGGACAAAUAUGACUUGGAAAUAUAAACUUUCUCCUUCGUGUUUCACAUUUGGACAUUUGGACAAUUGAAAGUAUGGGAAUUAACAAUGCGGAGAGAGCCCAACAGAAUCUCUGAAGAAAAAUACAGCAUUUAAAUUUUUAAUGUUCGAAUAUUCUCUUGAACAUUUCAGACACCGAAAGGAACUCGUGGCUGGAACAACUGUCUGUGUUGUGAUGCUUCUUCUCCAUCUGUUAUCUAGUGUCAGUUUUGAUUUUCUGCGUGAGAUCUGUGCAAUUCCAGAAUGGCUCGUUUCGAAGAGGAACUAUCCAACCGACGAGGAGGGGUCUGUCAAGCGGGCCCACCAAGAGGAGCAGGUCGGCCGGCAGGCCCCCCAAGCGGUCCAAGGGUUUAUAAACAAUCAAUGGCCCAAAGAGCCAGGACAAUGGCCAUUUACAACCCUAUCCCUGUCAAGCAGAGCUGUCUUACUGUCAACCGGUCUCUAUUCAUCUUUAGCGAGGAUUGUGUCAUACGGAAAUACGCCAAAAAGAUUACCGAAUGGCCUCCAUUUGAAUACCUAAUCCUGGCCACCAUUAUAGCCAACUGCAUUGUUCUUGCCUUGGAGCAGCACCUACCUGCCUUGGACAAGACCCCCAUGUCACAACGCUUGGAUGACACAGAGCCCUAUUUUAUUGCAAUAUUUUGUUUUGAAGCUGGCAUUAAGAUCAUCGCGCUUGGCUUUGCGUUUCACAAAGGCUCCUAUCUCCGGAAUGGCUGGAAUGUAAUGGACUUUGUGGUGGUGCUAACAGGGAUGUUGGCUACUGUGGGAGCGGACUUUGACUUGAGAACCCUCAGAGCGGUACGGGUUCUGAGACCACUGAAACUAGUUUCUGGAAUCCCCAGUCUUCAGGUGGUCCUGAAGUCCAUUAUGAAAGCCAUGGUGCCUCUGCUUCAGAUCGGCAUGCUGCUCUUCUUCGCUAUCCUCAUGUUUGCCAUCAUCGGCCUGGACUUUUAUAUGGGCAAAUUCCACCGGACCUGCUUCAGGACUGAUACAGGUGAGCAGGCAGCAGAGUUCCCUUGCGGUUUGGAGGCUCCGGCGAGGACCUGUGAGAACGGCACCGUUUGUCAGGAAUACUGGAUCGGCCCGAACUACGGCAUCACCAACUUUGACAACAUCCUCUUCGCUAUUUUGACCGUCUUCCAGUGCAUCACCAUGGAGGGCUGGGUGGACAUCCUGUAUAAUGCCAACGAUGCCUCAGGGAACACCUGGAACUGGCUGUACUUCAUCCCCCUCAUCAUCAUCGGAUCCUUCUUCAUGCUCAACCUGGUUCUGGGAGUCCUGUCCGGUGAGUUUGCCAAGGAGCGUGAGCGUGUGGAGAAGAGGCAGGAGUUUCUGAAGCUUCGCAGGCAGCAGCAGAUAGAGAGAGAGCUGACUGGAUACCUGGAGUGGAUAUGCAAGGCAGAGGAAGUGAUGCUGGCAGAGGAGGACAAGCAUGCUGAAGAUAAGUCCCCCCUGGAUGGUGCGUGGUACAAGAGGAAACACAACAACCCCGCUGAAAAGAUGUUGAAAAGAGCCAAGAAGAGCAAGAAUGACCUUAUCAAUGCUGAGGAGGGUGAGGACCAUUUCACAGACAUCUCAUCUGUUGGGUCGCCGUUCGCCCGGGCCAGCCUGAGGAGCAGCAAGAACGACAGCGCCUCCUACUUUCGGAGGAAAGAGAAGCGGCUCCGCUUCACCAUAAGACGCCUGGUCAAAGCGCAGAGCUUCUAUUGGACCGUGCUGUGUCUGGUGGGCCUCAACACACUGUGUGUGGCUAUUGUCCAUUACGACCAGCCGGAUUGGCUCACCUAUGCGCUGUAUUUGGCUGAGUUUGUAUUCCUUGGAUUGUUUCUGACUGAGAUGUCCAUGAAAAUGUAUGGACUUGGACCCAGAAACUACUUUCAUUCCUCUUUCAACUGUUUCGAUUUUGGAGUUAUUAUAGGUAGUAUUUUUGAGGUGAUCUGGGCAGCUGUGAAACCUGGGGCCUCCUUCGGCAUCAGCGUCUUGAGAGCUCUUCGUCUGCUUCGGAUUUUCAAAGUCACUAAAUACUGGAACUCUCUAAGGAACCUGGUUGUCUCUCUUCUCAACUCCAUGAAGUCCAUCAUAAGCCUGCUCUUCCUCCUCUUCCUCUUCAUCGUCGUGUUCGCCCUUCUUGGCAUGCAGCUUUUUGGGGGAAUGUUUAAUUUUGAGGAGGAGACACCAACAACCAACUUUGACACCUUUCCAGCAGCUAUUCUCACAGUUUUCCAGAUUCUGACAGGAGAGGACUGGAAUGCAGUGAUGUAUCAUGGGAUAGAAUCCCAGGGCGGUGUUCGGCGGGGAAUGUUCUCCUCCAUUUACUUCAUUGUGCUCACCUUGUUCGGAAACUACACACUCCUGAAUGUCUUUUUGGCCAUUGCUGUGGACAACCUUGCUAACGCGCAGGAGCUCACUAAGGAUGAGGAGGAGCAGGAGGUGGCCAUAAACAAGAAGAUGGCCCUCCAGAAGGCUAAGGAGGUGAAGGAGGUCAGCCCCAUGUCGGCGGCUAACAUCUCCAUCACAGCGCUGCACAGUAUGCUGUACACAGGUCAACACGGAGCAGAGAGGGCAAUGCCGACAAGUUUUGUAAAGCAAAGUCGAGGUGCGCUCUCUAGCAGCUCGUCCGUCUGCAGCGUUAACUCACUGAGUUAUGUCUGCUCCCCAGUCCAUCACUACCUGAGGUACCCUAUUAAAGGUGAUUCGCCCUGUCUGUCCGCCCGCAGUAAAGAGCAGCAGAAGUCUCUGAAGAUGAUGUCAGUUUGGGAGCAGCGUACCACCCAGCUGAGAAAACACAACAUGCGGGCCAGCAGCGAGGCUCUGUACAGCGAACUGGACCCCGAGGACCGUCUCCGUAUGUCUUCGGCUCUGCACAUCCGCCCGGACAUGAAGACCCACCUGGACCGGCCCCUAGUGAUCGAGGCGCACGACGGCCCAGUCGGCUGCCACAAACCCCGGACCCCGGACGAGACGGAAACCCUCUGCGAACCGUCCGGGCCCCAGCCGCGCAGGCACCACCGCCACAAAGACCGGGACAGACCGGCUGACGAGGCCAACGAGAGCGGGGAUCCGGCCAAGGAGGGCAGGCGCCACGUCCACCACAGUCGAAGCAAGGAUCCCAACGGCACCCGAGGGAAAGAGGGGAAGGGCGAGCGUUCCCGCAGCCGGGAGGGGGGCAGGAGGCACCACCGCCAGCCGUCGGCGGAUGACGGUGGGGGAGCGGGGGAGCGGGAGCACCGCCACCACCCACACAGGCCGGCGCCGGAGGGCAACGGCACCGUCAACAGCGGAGGCAAGGGCGAGCGUAGGUCGCGCCACAAGGAAGGGCGAUCAGGAGAGAGGUGCUCGAGGGGAGAGAACGGGGCCAACGGGGAGAGGAGGAGACACAAGACCCACGGCUCCAGGGGCCAGUCCACAGGGGAGGCAGAGGAGCAGAGUGAGAGGGAGAAAGGGAAGGACCACAGGGACCGAUAUGUGGAGUCUGAGGGUGACUCGCUUGCCAUCAGCCCCCAGCAGGUUCCUGGAGGUUCCAGGUGGGGCACAGAGAGACCUGAGGAUUCAGACAACCAGAGGAACGUUACACUGACGGGACAGACAGCUGUCCACAUCCCCCCUGUCACCAUCACCUCCCCGCCCAGGGAGACCACCCUUAUCCCGAUGAACAGCAUAGACUGUGAGACCAUGCCUAUGAACGAGGUGAAGAAGACACUGGAGGAUCUGACUCAGAGCGGCCCCAGACCCAUACUCCCCUACAGCUCCAUGUUUGUGUUCGGCCAGACCAAUGUGGUGCGUCGUCUAUGUCACUACAUUGUAAGUCUGCGGUACUUUGAGAUGUGUAUCCUGGUAGUGAUAUCCAUGAGUAGCAUUGCAUUGGCAGCAGAGGACCCUGUCCAGGCCAACGCUCCACGCAAUAAUGUGCUCAAGUAUCUGGACUAUGUAUUUACGGGGGUUUUUACAUUUGAGAUGGUGAUUAAGAUGGUUGAUCUGGGCCUCCUGCUCCAUCCUGGUUCUUACUUCAGAGAUCUCUGGAAUAUUCUGGACUUUAUUGUGGUCAGUGGAGCGCUGGUGGCAUUUGCAUUUUCGAGCUUCAUGGGACCGCCACAAGGUGUGCCAAGAGGGUCGAAAGGAAAGGACAUCAGCACCAUCAAGUCCCUCAGAGUUCUGCGAGUCUUGCGGCCUCUCAAGACCAUCAAGCGCCUACCCAAGCUGAAGGCUGUGUUUGACUGUGUCGUCAACUCCCUGAAGAACGUGCUCAACAUCCUCAUUGUCUACAUCCUCUUCAUGUUCAUCUUCGCUGUCAUCGCUGUGCAGCUGUUCAAGGGAAAGUUCUUCUACUGCACAGACGAGUCCAAGGGACUGGAGAAGGACUGCAGAGGUAACUUUCUGGACUACUACAAGGAUGAAGUGGCAGCCCAACCACGGGAGUGGAAGAAGUAUGAGUUCCACUAUGACAACGUGCUGUGGGCUUUUCUCACUCUCUUCACCGUGUCCACCGGAGAAGGCUGGCCCACGGUUCUGAAACAUUCUGUGGAUGCCACCUUCGAGGACCAGGGACCCAGUCCAGGCUACCGUAUAGAGAUCUCCAUCUUCUACGUUGUCUACUUCGUGGUCUUCCCCUUCUUCUUCGUCAACAUCUUCGUGGCCUUGAUCAUCAUCACCUUCCAGGAGCAGGGGGACAAGGCCAUGUCAGAGUGCAGCCUGGAGAAAAAUGAGAGGGCCUGCAUUGACUUUGCCAUCAACGCCAAGCCACUGACGCGUUACAUGCCAGAGAAUGUGCAGUCCUUCCAGUACCGAAUGUGGAAGUUUGUGGUGUCACCCCCGUUUGAGUACUCCAUUAUGAUCAUGAUCGCGCUCAACACGGUGGUGCUCAUGAUGAAGUUCCACGGAGCUCCAGACUUUUAUGAGGCCAUGUUAAAACACUUCAACAUUGUCUUCACUGCCCUAUUUUCUCUGGAGUGCAUUCUGAAGAUCAUCGCCUUCGGUCCGCUGAACUACCUGAAGGAUGCCUGGAACGUGUUUGACUUUGUGACAGUGCUGGGAAGUAUAACUGACAUCUUGGUCACAGAGAUCAAUACUACGGAUCGACUUCUGAACCUGAGUUUCCUGAGACUGUUCAGAGCAGCUCGUCUCAUCAAGCUACUGCGGCAGGGCUACACCAUCCGGAUCCUCCUAUGGACCUUCGUACAGUCCUUCAAGGCCCUGCCCUAUGUUUGCCUUCUGAUAGCAAUGCUGUUCUUUAUCUAUGCCAUCAUCGGCAUGCAGGUAUUUGGGAACAUCGAGCUAAACGAGGACACUGCCAUCACUCACCACAACAACUUCCGCACUUUUCUCCAGGCUCUUAUGCUACUGUUCAGGAGCGCUACAGGGGAGGCGUGGCACGAGAUCAUGCUGUCGUGUUUGAGUCACAGAGCCUGCGACGAGAGGUCUGGCAACCUGGGAAAGGAGUGUGGGAGUGACUUUGCUUACUUCUACUUUGUCUCCUUCAUUUUCCUCUGCUCUUUCCUGAUGCUCAAUCUGUUUGUGGCUGUCAUCAUGGAUAACUUUGAGUACCUGACUCGAGACUCGUCUAUUCUGGGGCCUCAUCAUCUGGAUGAGUUCAUCCGUGUUUGGGCUGAGUACGAUCCUGCUGCCUGCGGACGGAUUCGCUAUAACGAUAUGUACAACUUGUUACGUGUUAUAUCGCCCCCCCUUGGCUUAGGGAAGAACUGCCCUAAUAGGGUAGCAUACAAGCGGUUAGUCAAGAUGAACAUGCCCAUUGCUGAUGACAACACAGUCCACUUCACUUCUACUCUCAUGGCCCUGAUCCGAACAGCUCUGGAGAUCAAACUGGCCUCAGGGAUGGUUGCCCAACGUCUCUCUGACGCUGAACUGAAAAAAGAGCUCUCCACGGUUUGGCCUAGCCUCUCACAGAAGACAAUGGAUCUUUUAGUGACACCACACAAACCCAAUGAGCUCACUGUUGGGAAGGUGUAUGCAGCCCUGAUGAUCUUCGACUACUACAAGCAGAACCGAGCCAAGAGGCUCAAGGAGCAGCAGCAGCAGCAGCAGCAACAGAAUGCUGCCGGCUCCCAGGGUAAGGUGGGGGCUCUGUUUAAACCAAUACUGCCCCUGACUCACAAGCAGGAGAAAGCCCUGAACAACGUGGAGCCUCUCUAUGAGCUACUGCCCCAGCCUCAGGCUCUACCGAGACCCAGCUCUGCACUACUCAACAACGGAGGCUCACUACCAGGCCACGCCAUCGCCAUGAAGGGGUCGUCGUCAUGGGUGUCAGAGAAGACCAUAGAGGACCAAAGGCCCAGAUGUAAGCGACCGUCGGAGGACGUCCCAAAUGCAGCCAUUCCCCAGGAGUCGGUGGAGAUGAGGAAGAUGGACGCGGGUGACGAUGCCGGGCCCGGUCCUGGGCUUGGCCUGGAGAACCAUGGGAGGGCCGUGUCCAUGCCUCGUCUCAACGCGAUGCUGCCGAGGAGCCAGUCGCGCCACUCCCCUGGGACCCUGCUGGCCACUGUCCCCGACUGCAGCCCAAUUAAGCGCUCAGCGUCUACCCACGCCCCCCAGCGCACCCAAGAGGUCAACCUGCACGACUACACCCUGGAGAGACCCAGCAUACAGGAGAGGCCUCACCGUCACCGCCACCACCACCGCUGCCACCACCGCAAGGAGAGGGACAAGAAGCAGCGCUCGCUGGACAGGACGCCAAGCACCGCUGGUACAGCGGGAGACCCGUCUGCGGAGCCAUCGUCCAGAGACGGGCUGCAAGAUCGUGGCCGUUCCCAUGAGAGGAGGCACCACUCUGCGGCCGGGGAGAAACAGCGCUACUACUCCUGCGAUCGCUAUGGCAGCCGGGAAUACUGCCACAUCAUCAAGUCUGCCACUGCCAGCUGUGCCACCUCCCCGGGCGAGGUGCAGGACCCUGGCAUCAACAAGCAGGGCAGUGGAUCGGCUGAAAGCGGCCCGGUGACGCUGACCUCAGGGGCUAGCACGCCAAGCCGCGGACGCAGGCAACUUCCGCCGACGCCCCUGACCCCCCGACCCGGGGUGGCCUUCAAGACGGCCAACUCCUCCCCUGUGCACUUUGUGUCCGCCCUGAGCGGCCCGCCCACCCUGAGCCCUGGCCGGCUGAGCCGUGGGCUGUCCGAGCACAACGCCCUGCUGCACAGCGGCUCGUCCCACAUCCCCUCUCCUGUCACCCGCAUCAGCUCCGAGCCCUUCCUGGGCUACAGUCACAGUGACCCCCAGGGCCUUGGGAGCCCGUACGGUAGCCUCCGGGACCAGCUGCUGAGCCCCUACGCCGCCAGAGUACGCUCCCCUCGGACUGCAAUGCCUCAGACAGGGCCGGUUGUCCUCCACCUGCCUCCGCCACCCCAGCAGGGUCGCGCUGUGCCAAAUGGAUACCACUUCACCUUUGGGGGAGGUGCCAAUGGAAACCUGGGCUCUGGCUCCAGGGCAUCCAGGUGCUACCAUGAGGCAGAGGAGGAUGAAUGGUGCUAGCGUGGCGUUGAACUGAUGUUUUUAAUGCAUUUCCCCGGGAAUCGCGAUGAGUUUUAUCAUCUUUUUUCGAAGGCUUUGGUUCACGCUGUUGCUAUACGUAAAGCUGCCGGUGGGAAAUGUAUGGAGAAAGAGUUGAAGUUCAUUUGAAUGUGAACAGAGCAAGCUGCAUUAUGUUUAGAACCUGGAUGAAAAGAAAAAGGGAUGUGGAUUUGGUGGUUUGUUGGUACUGUAAUUUAGUUGGACGUGACCAACUCUAAAGUGUCUUUGUCUUAUGCACUGAAGACACUGAAGGCAUUUGUCAUUCACAAGGGCACUUUUGCUUUGCUUCUUAAUCAAACAUAUUUAUUUUGUGGCUAUCCAAGUUUCUUCUCCGGUUUUGAUAAUAACUCAAAUGGUGAUAUAAGAAAGUCUCCUACAGGACCCCAGUAUAGAUGAGGGUGCGAUACCCCUCCCUCCUGUGUGCGAUGACCACGGUGAUAGGCUCUAUAGAAAGUUCCACGAUAACUUCUAGACAUUGUCAGGUACAUGUAGCAAGAUGAUUCCGGAAAUACUCAGAGAGAUUCAUUGAAAAACUCUCCCAGAAACACACUUGAUGGUAUUCUACACUGCACAACAGCUGUUCUAGUUUCUUUGGUAUUCUUACCAUUCCAUGAUAUGAAGGGAUUUGCAGUAGCCUAAUUUUUAUACAUUCCCUCUCUUUCAGAAGAUACAGCCAGAUAGAGCAGAGGGAUCAAUAUUGUCAUUACAAUGAUUGUUGAUUUUUGCUGCUGUUUACCAUUGCGAACUUCAGUACUACUACUUGAGGGAAAUGAAAUGUGAUUUGUUUUAUAUAAAACUAUUGUAGAUGUUAUCUUUUCAUUGUGUGCAUUUUUUGUAUGAUCUAAAACGUUUAUGUAAAUUGCUUACAGUUUGCCAUCAUUUCAGGUCUAAUGUUUCUUACAGACUGUCUGCUUCAGAUAUUUAAUACAAAGUGCCUGUCCUUUUAGAUAUACUAGUAGAGUAAAGAUGCAAAGUCAACCAUUUUUGUAAUGCAUCAAUAGUUGUUUGGUAGAUUGGCUAGUUAUGCUGGACAACAAGAUGUACAGAAAGCCUUAUCUGAGAAAUAAUAAUUUUUAUUUGAGAAAAAUAAAUGUUUUUGAAUGGAAAUUAUUAAUGACCUUAUGAUAUCUGAUAUUUUUAUUUUAUGAUUUUCUUUCUGGUGAAUAUAUUUAAUCAAUUUGGGUGUGCACAACAAAAACUAGUACAAACGCCGAUGUGACCAACACCUAACAAACAUUCAAACUGCUUUAGUAGCAUAUCAGUGUGGUUAGGGAGACAUAAUCAGAAUAACACAACUGCAUGUUUAAAUCAUAAACCUGGUCGACAACAGUUAUAAAGAUGUACGUUUUCCUGGCGAUGAUACUCAACUGCGAUAGCAUUGCAAGCUACUGUGUUGCCUUCUGUUUCGAUGUUAUAACUGUGGAGUUAGUAAAGAGCAUAUGGAAUCUGGCGAGAAACGAAUAGUGUGCACUUUUGGAUGGAUGUGCUUGAGAAGCCAGAAUUGAUCCAGAUCCCUGCUGAAACAGUGUGAUGUCUCUGGCACCAACACACCAUUUCAUUAUGCGGUUAACACAAUAUUUAAAAGAAACUUUCUUUUUCCGCAUUUACUAGCAUAAAGGUCUAUAAGUCAAACUGUAUACGUGCUGCCAAUUUUAUGUGCUAAUAAUAAUUUUUUUAAGUAAUUAACAAUUCUAAAGACCCCCUCAAAACAUAAUCAUAUUACACAUUGUGUGGACAUUUUUUUUUAAGCGCAUAGCUGUGAGUCCAUCCACAACCACUAGUCUCGUGAGCAACUGAGCCACCCAAAUUAGCUAAUGAAGAUAAUUCUGAUAAAAGAAAUGUCUGGGUGAGGAUUGUCUCCCUUUUAGCUGAGACCCAUUUGACCAACAUCCACAGCAGUCAGAUUAUAAUAGAAAUCUAGUGAUUAUAUAAUGUAUGUUUCUCUAAACAGCCAUGGUACCCACUAACGUGGAUGGUUCACAGUCUAUAAAAAGCUUCAAAUAUGCUAUAUAGAUAUUAUUACAAUAUAAUGGAAAAUGUUCAUGCCCUGGAAAGAACAAUGUAACGUUUGGAGUUCAGAGCAUCUGGUAUUGUACAUUGGGGGUGGAAUGUGGCAAUGUAUGUUGUGUAAAGGAUUCUGUACUCCAGUGACAGUUAUUAUCAGUGAUUGAUAGCACUGGAGAAACAGUAGUUGGGGCCAGGUAUUGCCAUGACCACACACUCAUCAUCAGGGUUCUGUAGUGUUUGAUGACAUAGUAGGGCUAUGCAACAAGAAGACACUUUGACCAUAUACUUCAUCCAUUCUGUAGCUUUACAUGCUGAGAUCUCCAGAUUCAGGCUUCAGCAUGAUUGUGACCAAAUCUUUUGUAGAAAAUAUUUUAAAAAAUGUAUUAAAAAAUGUUAUCUAAAAUGCAUAAAGGCACAAAGAAAUUUAGAAAUAAAGCAACUUUAUAUAUUUGCAUGCGUACAAUUUGCCCACUUUGACAAUGUCAAACGGUUAACAAUGUUAUUGGUUUUAACUCUUCCAUGUAAUCUCACUCAAGAGGGGGAACGGACACAGAAUGUUGUUCAUAAACAUGAGCAAAUUCCACAUUCUUGUACAGAUUAAUUCAUGUACGUAUUUCCCCUAAAGAUGUUGCCAUAGUGGGUUGAAAACAUACAUUACUAUUGGUCUUUUCGUUCAUCUCUGCGGCCUUUGUAUUAUUUAUUUCAAAAGAAACAUAUGCAGACCCAAAUGUCUCUUACCAGUUGGUUGCCAAACAUUGAACUGUUAGUAUAUCUCUCUCCAUACCAACUGCAGUGUAGGCUACAUGUGGCUUUUUCUGGAGAAAAUAAUGUUUGCAUGUUCCGACAAUGUAUCUGCAUGUAAAUCUUAAUACUUUUGAUACCAUCCAUUCAUUUCUUGUUCAUUUUUAUUGAUCUUUGAUAUAAACUUUUAGGUUUGUUGAAAAAACAUAUACUUUAUAUGAAAACAGUAUUGAACAAUGUUGAUAGUUCCAACCAUGCAACCGAGCUGGAACCUUCCUUAUUUUGGGUCUUGAGAUGAGUUAAUUGUUUGUUGUCUGAUUAUGUUUAUUGGCCAGACUUUGAAUUCUGCAGUUGUUUCUACAUUUACAUUUUGUAUGAAGUCCUUGAAUUAAAAAAAAUAUGAAUA